GGUAAGACCGCCUGGAGCCUCGCCGCGCCACCGUGCCACCCUCGGCUAUAUAUGCUGCGCUCGCACCUCUCGGAACAUCAGACGUUGUCCAGCUCCCAUCCACUCCAGUCCCCUCCUCAUCUCCGAGAUGGCCGUGUGCAAAGUUGUGUGCUUCGCCGUGGUGGCGCUCGUGGCCGCGGCGGCCGCUCAGGACGAGACCAAGAGCUACACCACCAAGUACGAUAACAUCGACCUGGAGGAGAUCCUGCGCUCGGAGCGCCUGCUCAAAAACUACUUCAACUGCCUCAUGGACGUGGGCCCCUGCACCCCGGACGGCACUGAGCUCAAGAAAACCGUCCCUGAUGCACUUCAGAACAAGUGCGCCGCCUGCACUCCCAAGCAGCAGGCUGGAACUGAGCGAGUCAUCAGCUUCCUCAUCGAGAAGUACCCGGAACAGUUCCUCAAGCUGGAGAAGAAGUACGACCCCACCGGGGUGUACAGGAAGGAGUACCAGGCCGAGGCCGAGAAGCGCGGAUUUAAACUGCCCGCGCCCUUGUAGAUAUAACUCGUUUAUGAAGUCGCUCAUAUAUCUUCACCUCGAUGCAGUUCCUGUUCAUAAUCUAUCAUAAAGUUAUAUUUUUAGAGACCUUAAAACUAUACUGAAAAGACUGAGUCCUGUGUUUUCAAAUCAUGCCAAAAAUAAAGUUGUGAUUUAAAGUAA